AUGGCAGGAAGCAGCACCUCGCGGAAGGCGCGUCGCUCUGACGGGUUUUCCCGUCGACGCCGACGCAGCAACAGCAAUGGCAGUACACAUUUAGGAGCACAAGAAAGUGGCCAUCAUUCUGAUGUCGAAGUCAUCCGCGACUUCCGCUCCAAGCGCGCGUCUGAAGCCGAACGAGACGACAGUAAUCUUACGCCGGAAGAACGCGAACGAUUGCGCGACCGCGAGGAGCGCGACGCCUUUGCUGAGCGCUUGCGUCAACGUGACGACGACCAUACGAAGCGGAAGCGAAAAGCGGAGGAAGUUGAUGGCUCAGAAGCCGCUGAGGGUCUCACGAGCGACGAGAUCAAGCAGCUGGCAAAGAGAGGGGCAAUUGAAGACGGACAGAGCGCUCUUAGCGAGAAGUUGAGGAGACUGAGAGAGCUGAGUCGACAGGAGUAUCUGAAGAAGAGAGAGGAGAAAGAGCUGGAGCUGCUGGAGUUUCAGCUGAAAGACGAGGCUGUUUUGUUUCAAGAGUCGGACAAAUCGAGGAAGGAGCAACAACAGCUAGAGCUUAGUAGGCAAAUUCUCGAGACAGCAAAAGCUAGGUCAAAGAAGGAGGAGGUCGAGGGGUAUCAGAUUCCCGAUUCUUAUGAAGAAGUCGACGAUGAAGGCAAUCGAGUUCGCAAGAAAGAGGAUUUGUUAACCGACAGGUACGAAGAGGAAGAGGUUUUUCAUACCGAGCAGGAAGUGUGGGAGGAAACACAGGUCAAGAUGGCCAGGAGCAGGUUUGGAGCACGCGAUAAACACAAGAAGAAGACCGGGGAAGACGAUUGGGUGUUUGAUGACCAGAUUGAUUUCAUUUCGCAGCAGAUGCUGUCGGGACAUCACGUGAGUGAACAAGACGUUCAGAACGCAAGGAAGAAAAUGGAGCAAGCGAAGCAUUUGAGCAUGCAGGAAGGGCGUAAACAGUUGCCCGUGUAUCCAUAUCGAGAGUCGCUGCUCGAAGCGAUUCGCAAUUACCCUGUGAUCAUUAUUGAGGGGGAAACCGGGUCGGGCAAGACGACGCAGAUUCCGCAGUAUUUGCACGAAGUGGGAUACUCGGAGUUAGGCACGAUUGGUUGCACGCAGCCUCGGAGAGUUGCCGCGAUGAGUGUGGCAGCACGUGUGGCGCAGGAGAUGAAUGUGAAGCUAGGUAACGAAGUAGGUUACUCGAUUCGUUUUGAGGAUUGCACCAGCGACAAGACCGUCAUAAAGUACAUGACAGACGGUAUGCUGCUGCGCGAAUUCUUGACCGAACCUGAUCUGAAGUCGUACAGUGUCAUGAUCAUUGAUGAGGCACACGAGCGCACCCUCAGUACCGACAUUUUGUUCGGGCUCAUCAAGGACAUCGCGCGCUUUCGAGACGACAUCAAGAUCAUUGUGGCUAGUGCUACGCUGGAUGCCACGAAGUUCAGUGCCUAUUUUGAUGACGCUCCAAUUUUCAAAAUACCCGGGCGCAUGUAUCCUGUCGACAUUCUGUACACAAAAGCUCCGGAGGCUGACUACCUGGAUGCCGCCAUCGUGACAGUGCUGCAGAUCCACAUUACCCAGCCAUUGGGAGACAUCCUCGUCUUUUUUACAGGUCAAGAAGAGAUCGAAUCAGCUGAAGAGAUUCUGCUGCAACGCACUCGGGGUCUCGGGUCUCGUAUACGGGAGCUGCUCAUUCGGCCAAUCUAUGCAACACUGCCCUCAGAACGCCAGGCACAGGUGUUUGAGCCAACGCCGGAGGGUGCUCGCAAAGUCGUGCUGAGUACAAAUAUUGCGGAGACGUCACUCACCAUUGCUGGCAUCUGCUACGUAAUUGAUACGGGCUUUUGCAAACAAACCAACUACAAUGCGCAAACCGGUAUGGAGUCGUUGCUGGUGGCGCCUGUGUCGCAGGCGAUGGCGAACCAGCGUGCUGGUCGAGCGGGCCGUACAGCCCCAGGAAAAUGCUUCCGUCUGUACACGGCGUGGUCGUACAAGAACGAGUUGGACGAGAAUUCUGUGCCUGAAAUUCAGCGUACAAACCUUGCUAGUGUCGUGUUGCUCAUGAAGUCACUUGGGAUAAACGACCUGCUUCACUUCGACUUCAUGGACCCGCCGCCAGAGAAGGCACUGAUUCGCUCGCUCGAACAGCUUUACGCCCUUGGAGCUCUCAACGGCUUGGGAGAACUGACAAAGCUUGGGCGUCGUAUGGCCGAGUUUCCGCUCGAUCCCAUGAUGUCUAAAGCACUGCUUGCGUCCGAGAAGUAUGGCUGCGUUGAAGAAGUAAUGACAGUGUGCGCUAUGCUAAGCGUGAACAACUCGAUCUUUUAUCGGCCAAAAGACAAAGCAGUGCAUGCUGACAACGCUCGACUGAACUUCGCCCGUGGUGGCGGCGGUGAUCACAUCACGUUGAUGAAUGUUUACAACCAAUGGGUCGAGACGAACUAUUCCACACAGUGGACAUACGAGAACUUCGUCAUUAUGCGCUCGCUGAAGACUGCUCGUGACGUGCGAGAGCAGCUAGAAGGUCUUUGCGAUCGCGUGGAGCUGGAGCGUACAAGCAACCGAAGCGACCAUGAGCCGAUCCGUAAAGCCAUCUGCGCAGGCUAUUUUUACAACACGGCUAAGCUGGACAACUCGGGUCAAUACAAGACGGUGAAGAAGGCACAGCUUGUGUACAUCCAUCCAAGUUCCUGCCUCAUCAAGCUUGAAGAAGUUCCGCGUUGGGUCGUCUAUCAUGAAUUGGCAUUCACGACGAAGGAGUACAUGCGCAACGUGGUACCAAUCAAGUCGGAAUGGCUGAUGGAACUUGCGCCGCAUUACUAUAAAGUCAAGGAAGUCGAGGAUGCUCGCUCCAAGAAAAUGCCAAAGGCUGUCGGCCGAGCAGCAUAA